UUAGGGCAUUCGGUCGUCUGUUAGUUGGUUUCCUCUGCAAGCAGUGAAUAAGUUGGGGCCGUCAACGGCUAAAACCGACAGGUCGAGUCUUCCCUGAAGAAGAAGAAGAAGAAGAAGAAGAAGAAGACAACAUCGGCGACCGUCUUCUUCUUCUUCUUCAUCUCUCUCUCUCUCUCUCUCUCGCACGCAGAUCGCAGAAGCACCGGAGUUUCUCGGUCUCCUGAUUAUGACAACGCGUGCGUCGUCUGCGUUCAAUCCCCGUGUUGCCGUGAUUGAAUCUAGCAAGCUUCGGCCGUCGCUUACUUUUUUACACGUAUUCAUACCUCGGUUACUCCUCCUGCGGUUCGCCUCCCCCGCCCCCCUCGAUUUGAAUAGUUUUAGGACACUUGCGUGAUGUGAUCUUGUGGAUUAAGGGCACAAAGGCAUAUCAAAGCAGAAGCAUACAGUAUCCAGCUGGCCACCUUGUACUUACCUCUAUAUGGUAGUGUGCUACUCAGGAUGAAUUUACCUACCAGCUCUCAGCCGAAGAAGACUUCCCAUAGCAGGGGCAAAACUACUGGUUGGGCUGCCUUUGAUCAAAAGCAUCGACAAGGACAUGCUCUUGAAUCUGAAACUGAGCAUGAUCCUUUUCCACCAAUAUCAAGAGCAAUCGUCUCACCAAACCCCCGUCAAAAUCUUGCCGGGAACAACAGCUCAUAUAAGAAGCCUUUCUCGGCAGUUCUCCAGUCUUCCGUCGAUUUUCCACGCUUGGCACACGAUAAAAAUGAAGAGAAACAACUGCUUUCUGAUGAUUCCAGUAAUGUACAAGGUACCAGUAAGGAUUUGGUACAAGAGAGCCACACAGCAGAACUCAAGAAGCUCAUGGAACUUCAUUCUUGGGCUGCAAACGAGUUAAUUGUGGAUAUUGUUGAAGCUCUUGACAAUGAUUUUGUAAAGGCAUCGACUUUGCUGGAAGGUAUGCUAUCUGCUGGGCUUUUUGAAGGAGAUAAAGAAUGCAAAAGGGAAAAACAAAAUACUUCAUCUCAGGAUUCUUCCCAUGAUGAGUUAACAAGGAUCAAAGAUUUUUCUUCAGGGAAGAAUGUGGACUUUUCCGAUGGCACUGACACUCUUAACAAUGACUCUAAUAGUGUCAACAAACAUAUGAUUGAUGAAAAAUCUUUAAGGGGAAAAACUUAUGAUGAUUCCAUUGUAACAAGGUCUAUUUUGGACCAUUUGAAGUCUUUGCCUCUUGAGCCGAAGUGGGAGGAGGAAGAGGAGGAGGAUGUUUACUUGAGGUUCAGGAAGGAUGCAAUACGCGUUUUGAGAUCAGCAUCUCAGCAUUCAAGGGCUGCACAAAAUGCCUUUUUAAGAGGUGAUCAUUCUUCUGCACAGCAUCACUCUCUAAAGGCUCGGGAGGAAUGGUUGGUUGCGGAAAGACUCAAUGACAGUGCAGCCAAGGACAUCUUAAGUAUUAGGAAUAGCAACAACAAUAUAUGGACAUUGGACUUGCAUGGUCUUCAUAAAACUGAAGCUGUCCAAGCCUUGAAAGAGCGUCUGCGAAAACUCGAAUCGCAUGUGCCAUCUAAUCGAUCAGUUUCUCCAAAGAGACUUCAUAGGAUAUAUCAGAAGAAUGGAGUUGCUCAAUCUUCAUCCGUUGAGUGUUUAACUUUUAUUGACAAGGAGAAGGUGGAUAAGCCGCAAUCAGGACAGAGACCUUUAUCAUUGCAAGUCAUUACAGGUGUAGGCAACCAUAGCCGAAUGGAAGCUUCACUACCAACAGCAGUGAGAAGUUUCCUUGAUGAAAAUGGGUACCGCUUUGAUGAUAUAAGGCCAGGGGUAAUAACUGUACGGCUGAAGUUCCGACAGAAUUGAGUAAACUUUCUCAUAGCUGCUCAUGAUAGUUUUUUUCUGUACUAUAUGUAAAUGAAUAGUUGGUGGAAGGAUCUCUCUGGUCAUCCACCUUUUUUCUAUGUUUCUCUGUGCAUGCUAGUAGUUCAUCUCACAAAAUGGUAGCGUUGGAUGGAAUAUCUAGAUGAAUUUGAACUAUGAAGUUUUGUUUAACAAAUCAGUUUGGCCAUGAGAGCCACAUGUUGUUAAGUGCUGCGCAAAUAAUAUGACAUACUUUUUCAUGUAAUUGACAAUGGUUCUGAUUUGACAGAUGGAAUUUUUAUUUAAAUUCAUCUAACAAGUACAGAAAUGAAAGAUAUUAAAGCAUUGAUUGA